CCGUUGGCAAGGGGACGGCCAUGUCCUUGGCGAUGGGUCCCACCUCGGCGCCUACCUCCCAUGGUGGGGCCCGGUGGAGGCGGGAGAACCGGCUCCUGCGGCAGUUCUUCUCCUGACUGCUGCCUGCCCCCUCCGUUCGUCGUUGGAUUUCGCCUUCCAAGAUCUCGCUUUGAUUCCUUCUCGCCGUGUCUCUCUUCUCUUGUUCCCUCCACUUAGAGAAAAGGAAAGAAGUUUCCUUUUUGGUCUUCGUGUCGUUUUCAGCUGACCACAGGAUCCAUUUAUCCGUUUCCCGGCUCGUUGUUUGUUUGUGCAAUUACGCAGAGAGAAGAGCUAAGUUCGCCGGUCGACCACCACCGCCAGGUUUAAGAAGAGGAGUGACAUAAUUAUAAUAAUAGAAGGAAGGGAGGAGGACGAAGAAGAUGGGGAGGAAGGGGAAGUGGUAUGUUACCGUUAAGAACUUUUUCAGCUAUGAAUCCAAGGAGAAGAAAGGCCAGAAGUCCAAACAGAGGAGUAUUUGGAGAUGUGGGAAAUUCGUGGAUUCCCAUCGGUUCGACUCUGGGCCGUUGGACAGUUCUGCUCGGGAGGCGCUUCCACCUCCUCCUCCUCCGCCCACGCCGCCGCCAAUGGCCGUAGACGUUAAAAGGCCGGACAUGGAGAACGAGCGGAGGAAUCAUGCGUACUCUGUGGCGCUCGCAUCUGCUGUUGCGGCGGAGGCUGCUGCUGUCGCAGCUCAGGCUGCUGCGCAGGUCGCUCGCCUCACUGCAUCAUCAAGGUUUGCUGGUAGAUCAAGGGAAGAGAUUGCGGCCAUCAAGAUCCAGACUGCUUUCAGAGGUUACAUGGCAAGGAGACGAUUGCGGGCCUUGAGAGGAUUGGUUAGAUUGAAAACACUGGUUGAAGGAAAUGCAGUGAAGCGUCAAGCCACGAACACUUUACGCUGCAUGCAGACAUUGGCAAGAGUUCAAUCACAGAUCCAUUCAAGGAGAAUCAGGAUGACAGAGGACAAUCAUACUCUUCAGAGGCAGCUGCAGGUCAAUUGUGAAAGGGGGGUUGAAAGAUCAAAGCUGGGAGAGGAAUGGGAUGACAGUCUUCCGUCCAAAGAGCAAAUUGAAGCAAAUUUAUUGAACAAGCAGGAAGCUGCUGUUAGAAGAGAAAGGGCACUUGCUUAUGCCUAUUCCCAUCAGUGGAAGAGCUCUUCACGAUCACUGACUCCAACAUUCACAGACCCCAACAAUCCACACUGGGGUUGGAGCUGGUUGGAGCGCUGGAUGGCAGCAAGGCCAUGGGAGAAUCGCAGCAUGUCAGAUAAAGACCUGAAUGACCGUGCCCUGGUGAAGAGUGCCGGCCGCAACAUCACAAGGGAUACAAGCAAUGCCUAUGCUCGUCGAGCCAGCAUCUUGGAACGAACCCCACCCACACCACAGAAACCAAGCUGCUCUGUCAGCCGACGGUCACCCUCAACUCCACCCUCGAAGGCAUCAUUAGUAGCAGGGAAAUUGAAAUCGGUGAGCCCAAAAGGUGGUUGGGGCCACUUAGAGGACGACUCGAGGAGCAUGCAAAGUUUGCACUCAGACCGGCCACCCAGAAGGCAGGGUAUUCCAGGGUCAUCAAUAAGAGACAACGAGAGCCUAGCAAGUUCUCCAGCAAAUCCUAGCUACAUGGCAUCCACAGAAUCAGCAAGGGCAAAAUCCCGUCUCCAGAGCCCAUCAACAUUGAAUGAUAGGGUUGAGACACCAGAGAAGAGAUCCUUGAGUUUGGCAAAGAAGCGCUUGUCAUUUCCAGAAACAGAUAAGUACAGCAUGUCAUCCCCAGGAGGCAUGUCAUCCCCAGGAGGCAUGAGACGGCACUCAGGUCCUCCGAAGGUGAAUAUUGCCCCUCUGAAGGAUGUGGUUGUUGGCUCCGAGUGGGCUCCAAGCAAUGGAUUAGCAAUGGAUUGAGCAGGUAGCCUGUUCAACCAGAACAUAUACAGAAGAGCAUGGAGGAAACUACUGGUACAGCUAAUUUGUUUAUUACUUUUAACUUAUUUAGUGGAAUUGUUCUUGGUUGAGAGCUUACUUUAAAAGGGUUGGUUUCAUAUGUUGUAUUGGCUUUUGAUUCUCUUUUAUGUAUGUGUUUUUUUUUUUUAACUUUGGUUCUGUUUGUGUAUGUUUUUCAACAAAUGAGGAGUGUAUUGGCUUUUGAUCACAGAGUGUGCAAGAUUGUGGGGUGCCUUGUCUGACAUUAGUUGUUGAAUGAAAGAGAAAUGUCUGUAAAAUUUCUGA